AUGUCAGAUAGAUAUUCGAAUAACCCAUUGAACAGAAAGUCAAAGUCACCAGAUCUUAAACUCUACGUGAAAGACGUCCCAUUUCAUCUUCGCAAAGAGGCUUUAGCUCACAAAUCAGAGAAAGUGACAACGUUACUCGAGUGUAACAAGAUCGAUGAACUGCGUUGUAUCCUCAGAGACAUCGACAUCGACCCGAGAACCUUUCUUCUCGUGGCUAAAUUCUGCUAUGGCUACGAAAUGCAAUUCUCAUCUGAAAACAUCGUCUCCGUCCUCUGCAUGGCUUAUUACCUAGAGAUGAAUGAUGAUCACAGCUCUGAUAACUUGCUUAACAAGGCAGUUACUUUCUUGGAACAACGAGUUCUCUUGAGCUGGGACGAGACCGUGAAAGCUCUUAGCGUCUGCAGCGAUAAGAUUCUGAACAAGGUAGCUGAUCUUGGUCUCACUGAAGUCUUCUUAGAUUCUCUUGUCGAAAAAGCUCUCAACGAUCCUAGAUUGCUCCAAGAUCUGACUACACUACCUCUUAGGUUAUAUGAAUCUUUGAUCCUUGAAUCGAGUAAGCUCAAUGUCUCGAUAGAAAACCUUGUGGCAUCGGUAUGUAACUACGCGAAAGUCCAUGUUUUCGAGAAAGGUUCCGGAGAUGAAAGCGUUUCAAGGCACAAGAGAGAAGUCAUUGAAGCUAUUGAGAGGCUUUUGCCUCACGAAAGAGGAGCUGUCUCGUGUGGAUUCUUGUUCAAAUCCCUUAAAGAAUCGAUUUUCUUGGAUGCUUGCUCUGAUUGUCGAAAAGGGUUUGAAGAUAGGAUCAGUAAACAGCUGGAUAUGGCUACAGCGAAAGAUCUUAUGAUCCUCUCAUCAGAAGAAGAUGGAUCAUUUGACAUUGAGCUCUUGAAAACCAUUCUCAAGAGCUUUUACAGUAACUACAAUGUCUCGGAUGUUUCACGGUGUGUGAUUGUAGCAAGAAUGUUGGAAGAGUUUCUGUUUGAGGCUGCUGCGAGUAAGCAUAGUUUAAGAGUAGAAACGUUUAAGGCGUUGGGAGAAAUAGCGGUUGCUGCGUCUUGCGAUUUCUUGAGAUACUCUGAUGGAAUAUACAGAGCAGUUGACGUUUUCUUGGAGAGGCAUAGAGGUUUGAUUGAAUCGGAGAAGAUGGAAGUUUGUAGAGUUCUUGAAUGUAAAAAGCUUUCGUCUGAGGCUUGUGAACAUGCUUCAAAGAACGAGAAGCUUCCACUGAGGAUUGUUGUGCAAGUUUUGUUCUUCUCUCAGAAGCAGAUUCGCGAUAAGGUGGACAGAGAAAUGAAAGGUGUAGAAGAGAAAACAGAGGAGGCAAGUGAAGAAGACGAUGAUGAAAUUGAUAAUAUGAAUAAGAAGCUGUUGAGGCUCGACAUCGAAUCUGAUUACAGAAAGAAGAGAAAGUUUGAGAAUCUAGAAUGUAUUGCUCAUUGCGCUGAGAAGAAGUUGAAAGAGAAGAAGGUAAGUGUGUGGAGAGAAGUGAAGAGGAAGUUUGGUUGUAUGACUUCUUCCACUGUGGAUGCUUGCGAUUGUCACAUCAAGAAGAGGAAGAAGACUUAUCAUCGCUACAAAUAA